CAAAAAAUCAUCGUCAUCGUCGUCGCGCUUUGUUGCCGAAAAAAUCACUUCGCCGGGCGUUCAGCAAUUCCGAUCAAGAUUUGGUGGAAAUCCUCCGCACUUUACUUUACUCCGACUAAUUCCGGGUGUUCCCGUGCAUUUGCCACAGCAUGGCAGUAAAGUCCAUUAACGACGAGGGACAUUUCCAAGCGGAAUUAUCGGCCGCUGGUGGUAAGCUUGUCGUUGUCGAUUUCACAGCGACCUGGUGCGGUCCGUGCCGCAAUAUUGCUCCACUGUUUGAGCAACUGCCGGGCAAAUAUCCGAAAGCUGUGUUCCUUAAGGUAGACGUAGACAAAUGUUCCGAUACGGCAGCGACUCAGGGGGUUUCCGCGAUGCCAACUUUCAUCUUCUACCGUGCCAGGACCAAAAUCGAUCGACUACAGGGAGCAGACAUAAAUGGGCUGGAAGCAAAGAUACAGAAACAUUAUGCGGCUAGUGCAGAUGAAUCCGGAGAAGACUAUGGUCAGGGAAUGCUUGAUCUCAACACCUUUAUCCAGAAGAAUCAGUGCGAGUGCUUAAACGAAGCGGAUGACCAUCCGUGGACGAAUGCGCUCACCGCAACCGGAGGCCAUUUAGCAUCCGACUGUGAUGAGCAGCUCAUCAUUUCGAUUACCUUUAACCAGGUGAUAAAGUUGCACUCGUUGAAAAUCAAAGCACCUCCGACACACGGGCCUAAGAACAUCAAGCUGUUCAUUAAUCAGCCGCGCACGCUCGACUUCGAUAUGGCCGACUCGUACGUAUCGGUGCAGGAUCUGGAGGUCGACCCGAAGGAUCUGGAAACGGGAAAUCCAAUCAAGCUGCGGUUUGUCAAGUUCCAGAACGUGCAGAACAUUCAGCUGUUCGUAAAGGACAAUCAGUCCGGUGGAGAGACGACAAUCAUUGACCAUCUGGCCUUCAUCGGGCAACCGAUAGCGACGACGAAGAUGGACGAUUUUCAGCGGGUGGCCGGAAAGAAGGGCGAAAGUCACUGAGCCGCUGUAGCAAACCGCGGUUGUGUGUGUAUGAUCGGUUUCGGAGAUGCAACAAUUCCUGCCCCGAAGUACGCGAGUGUUAUGAUGAUAUCGAUCGUCGGUAAGCAAAGACGAUUGACCUGUUUGCAAUUCUUUUUCUCGUGAAUCGAAAUAUGAUUUAAUAA